GCACCGUAAAGCAGCGAGCGCUCGCGCAGCGGAAAUGUCGCAGGGUCGGCCGUAAGAUGCCGAUAAGAGUCGCAGCGACGGCUCUGCGCGCUCCAGCGGCGGCUCCUCGGGAAUCAGCGGCUGCUUCCUCCAGAUUCGCGCGGGAUGCCGAGCAAAAAGAAGAAAUACAACGCCAGGUUUCCCCCGGCCAGGAUCAAGAAGAUCAUGCAGACGGAUGAAGAAAUCGGCAAAGUCGCCGCCGCAGUCCCCGUCAUCAUCUCUCGUGCUCUGGAGCUCUUCCUGGAGUCUCUGCUGACCAAAGCGUGUCACGUCACACAGUCACGCAACGCCAAAACCAUGACCACCUCACACCUGAAGCAGUGCAUCGAGCUGGAGCAGCAGUUCGACUUCCUGAAGGAUCUGGUGGCAGCGGUGCCUGACAUGCAGGGCGAGGGAGAGGAGAACCACACGGAGGGAGAGAAGAUCCCACGCAGAGGUCGUAAGCCGGGCUCAGGACGUAAGAACGGCGGUGCUGGAGCCAAAGGCAAAGACAAGAAACUCUCAAGCACCGAAUCAGAGCAAGAGGAUGAUUCAGAGGACAGUGACACAGACGGAGAGGAGGACGAGGACACAUCUCACACCAGCACAAACACACAGCCUGCAACUUUCUUCCACAGGGACGCGGCGGCGCUGCAGUGUGUUCCGGUGGGCUCUCAGCAGGUGUCUCUGAUGCCGCCGGCCCCUCAGAAGGUGGAGGAUGAGGACGAGGACGAGGACUACGACUCGUAGCUGCGCCUGCACUCUUUCCUCCUGCUCCUCUCUGCUGUGGACCGAGGCACACCACCCACAGCUUCUCGUCUAGAUACAUUUUAAGUUUUUUUUUAAAUCUUGUUUUAAUGUCCAGGAACAGUUGCCGGUGGUUGUUUGGACAAACGGCUCCAGAAGCGAGAGCGUGUCUCUUCUCCAGUGUACUCCUGUAGUGUGUGUCUCACAUCAGCCCGUCUGAGGAUUGUUUCUGUUUUUCUCCUUUUUAAGCUAGUUUUAUGAUUAAAGCUGCUCUCUCGUUUUUAAUUCGUUCUGUUGCAGGUGGUUCAUCGGAUGUGUAUGUGUUGAUUUGGAGUGCAGCUCUGUUCAUUUCCCGGACGAUGCACGUGUGUAUCAGUGCUUUCCCCUUUCUCUGAUGUUUUACUCUUUUAAUGUCUGCUGUGAAGCUGGAGAGAGUCACGUGACCUCUCUCGUCUGUUCACUUUUAACAUUCUCUUGAUUUUGUAUGAGUGAAAUAAACUUUGAGGUUUCAGUA